ACAGCCGGACCGCACAGUGAGCGGUGCGAAGAGUAAGGAAUAAGAGUGAGAAGAAAGGGAAAAGGAACAAAAAGAAAGAAGGAGAGCAGGGGACUGCGCGGCCCUCUGUACUAAUGGACCACAAGGAUAUUUAACCGCUUGCCCUGGGAGCGCACAGACACCGCAGUCCAUGCCUCUCCCUUGCCAGGUCAUUGAUGGGAAAUCAACUGGAUCGGAUCACCCACCUCAACUACAGCGAACUGCCCACGGGGGAUCCGUCCGGGCUGGAGAAGGACGAGCUUCGAGUCGGCGUCGCCUACUUCUUCUCUGACGAAGAGGAGGAGGUGGACGACCGCACUCCGUCUGACUGCGGAUUCACCAAGGACCACAGCCCGACCGAGGAGGGACCCUUAUCGGUCAGCGAGGUGGAGUACUCGGCUUUCUGCUCCCAGGAAUGCAUCUUCUCCAAGCUGCGGGAGAACGAGGACUUGAAUGUGUACUCGGCCAAAACUUUGCUGACUAUGUGCAAACCGGGGGACCUGCUGGAGCUGGUGGCCACCGCGCAAGCCCCCCACUGGGUCAUCUUCGAGCAGGACGACCAAAUCAUUCAUCUGCACAAGGGCGAAAUCCGCAAAGACAGCCUGCUUGAGAUCAGCAACGGCCGCCACGGGAGAAUAGUCAAUAAUCGUUACCGCUAUCGGCCGCUACCCCCUGACCUAGUGAUGCAGAACGCAGCGGGACACGUGGGCCUGAACAGCGAGGAGAUAUGCUGGACCAACUCGGAAAGUUUCGCUGCCUGGUGCCGCUUUGGGAAACGGGAGUUCAAAGCCGGGGGAGAAGCGCACUCAGCGGAGCAGCAGUACUUCCUCAAAGUGCAUCUGUCCGGCAGCGAGGUGCACACUCUGGUCUUUCGCAGCCUGGAGGACAUGAUCCGGGAGAGAAGGCGAGUAGACGCCAGUGGAAUUCUCAAAGAGCUCUCUCUGGUUAACGGGGGCAAGGAGUGAUCAGGGAUUCCGUUUGAUAUCGUCUCCUCCACCCGCCCUCCCUGCCUCCUCUUUGCCAAAGCGCACGGACGCACACUUUUGCGCACACAAUAACGUACUGGCACACAAGCACACGGACGCACACGUGCAAGGACCUGUUGGUGUUGGACUGUCUGUUUGUCACGGAUGGGGCCUGGGUUUUAUUUCUUUUCUUUUUUUUUCUGGACCAAAGGCGCCCUGUGGAAUUUCCAUCAAAAUACAGUGUUGAGAGAAAAGAGAGCGCGGCCAUAUAAACAGACAACGCCCAUUCUGGUUAGAAUUCGUGCUGAGUGGGACACACGAUUUCUAAGAAACUCAUUGUUCCCGAUAAGCGAAAUCACCUUUACAACCCCUCCCCACAUUGCGCACACGGCUCGGUUUGGUUUCUGUUUAAUUUCUCGGGAUAAUGGAAUUGGCCCCUUCUGUAUAUAGGGUGCCUGCUGCAGCAGACCAGACGGUGAGACCGGCAGAAGGAGAGGGAGGGAGGGAGGGGUUGAAAGAUAGGAUUUGGGAUGGCUCUCGAGAAGUCUCCCUUCUAUUUUUUUACUGUUAGCUUUAAAACCUGGACAAACAACGACAUAGAUUCAAGCCACAAAUUCACAGACAGUCCUAGCUGAUUACGCAGUUGCCUAAACAAAACAUUUUGGCUUGACCAAGCUCCCCUGUUGCCAUAUCAAAAGUAUUGUCAUUUUCACAAUGCUGUCAUCCUGCUCCACAGCACUGGAUGUAUGUGUAAAUUGUGUUCAUAUACUGAUUUCGAUUUGAGUCCCUUAUUUUUGUAUUUCAGUUUAGUGGAUUUAACCCUGAUCUCUCUUUUUUUUUUUUUUUUUUUUUGAUUCAAAUAA